AUGGCUAGUGAAACCAUAGAAAAUAUAACAACGCCACGAUUUAUUCCAUCAACACGCUUCAUCAUAGGUUUACUAGUCUCUUUUGCAUUUUUUAAUCAAUAUGCACAGCGACAAGCUCUACCUAUUGGAAUUGUAUGCAUGGUCAAUAGGACAAGCAACAAUAUUCAAGUUAAUUCGACACUAUAUAUGGCUCGUAUGGAGUAUAAUACUACAGUAAAGCCGUCAACCAAAGAUACAGCUCAAAUUUUUAAAGAGAAAAGAUUUCGUUGGAAUGAAUUCGAACAACAAAUGAUACUUGGUGCAUAUUGGGCAGGCUAUAUUUUAACACUCGUACCAGGUGGUUGGUUGUCAAUGAGUAUUGGUGCUAAGCAAGUAUUUGCUUAUUGUCUACUUACAAGUUCUCUGGCAACAUUGGCUCUAUCAACUAUUUAUACAAUGGCUGAAACUCAACUUUUGCUUAUAUUAAUCAUUGUCCUACGAAUAAUUGUUGGUCUUGGUCAUGGUGCUUUGUUUCCUGCUUCUUAUACAAUAUGGGCAUCAUGGGCAGUACCAAGUGAACGAGGUACAUUGACAUCUAUCAGUUUUUCUGGUACACAUGUCGGUACAUCUACAAUGAUGUUGAUUGGAGGAAUUUUUUGUCGUUAUUUGAAUUCAGGUUGGAUGUAUGUAUUCAUUUUGUCUGGUAUCUUCGGAUUAAUUUGGUUUCCAUUAUGGUUAUGGCUAGUAACAGAUUCACCAAGAGAACAUAAAAAAAUAAAUCAAAUUGAACGUGAUUAUAUAUGUAGUAUUAUUGGUAGAAAAGGAAAUACUAAAAGUGGACAACUCAUCCCAUUAUCCUCACUACCAUGGAAGAAAAUUGUUCGAUCAAAACCAGUCAUUGCUUUAUUCGUAACACAUUCAUGCUUUGGCUAUGGUUCUGGUUAUGUUGUCAAUUUUGCCGAUAUAGUACCUGCCUAUUCAAGUCUUCUCUUUGGUCUAUCGAUCACAUUCGGAUCUUUGGCUAGUUUGUCGGCAAACUUCUUGGCAGGUUUUAUAAUCAAACAACCUAUUCUUAGCGAUUGGCAAUACAUAUUUAUUAUUUUUAUAUUUGUUUACACUAUCGGUGGUCUCGUCUAUUUGGUGUUUGGUUCAGCUAUUCCACGAAAAUGGGCUCUAGUUGUACGUGAAGAGCACAACACUAACAAUGAAAAUGAAGCAUCCAUAGAUCCAUCGGAGAUAAUGCUCAAGACUUAA